AUGGCCGUGAACAGGGCGGAGAAAAAAACGCUCGAUUAUGCCCUGCGAGCGCUGCAGCUCAUUUUCGCCAUCAUCGUCAUGGGAACAGACGGCUACGCUAUCCACGUGUUUCGCGGCCACACUGUCUACGAACACUCCUGGUUCGGCAACUUCUACGACUACUAUGGCGUCCCUGAUGCGUGGGGCUUCUUGAUGUUCUGCGCUGCCUGGACAGUUUUGAUCGUCAUCUUCCACCUCAUUGCCGGAAUCAGCUUCGCGGAUCGUGUGUUGAUUGGAUACAUUCGUGUCGCGGUCGAGGCUGUAGCUGUCCUCUCAUGGCUCGCUGUUUUCAUUGCUGUGGCUGUUCAAAUUUCGACCGACACAUGCUCAGCAGGAAAAAACUCAUGUGGGACACUCAAGGCGGCGACAAUCUUCGGGGCGUUUGAAUGGCUGCUAUUCAUGGUUACCGCAGCCCUGACUGUCAUGCUCGUCUUCAACAGCUCUCACAAGCCAAGGAUUUCUACGACUAGACCUGAUGCAGCUGUUUGA